AUGUCGCAGCAGACGUGUGUUACAGACGUGUUGUUACAGAACGUGUUGUUGCAGACUUGUUGUUGCAGCAGGCGUGUUGUGGGCAGCCAGACGCUGUUGUCGCAGCAGGCGUGUUGUUUGCUGUGCAGGCGUUUGUGUUGUUGCAAUCGCGGCGGUUGUUGCAGUCAGGCGUGUUGGUCAUGCAGGCUGUUUGUCCCGCAGCAGACAGUGUUGUUAUCAGACGUGGUUGUUGCAGACAUGUUGUUGCAGACUUUUUUGUUGCAGCAGGCCAGGCUAUUUGUCGCGCUGCAGGCGUGUUGUCGCAGCAGGAUCUGGGUUGGUUGCAGCCGUCGUGUUUUAGCAGCAGACGUGUUGUUGCAGCAGACGUGUUGUUGCAGACGUGUUGUUGCAGCAAGAGUGAUGUUACAUGCAGACAGUAUUGUCGCAGCAAACGUGUUUUGUGUGCAGACUGUGUUGUUGCAGCAGACCGUGUUUGUUGCAGACGUGGAUUGUUGCAUAGCAGGCGUUGUUGUUGCAGCAGACGUGUUGUUUGCACAGCAGGCGUAUUGUCGCAGCAGGCGUGUGUUAGCAGCAGACGUUUGUCGCAGCAGCACUGUUGUUACAGACGUGUUGUUACAGACGUGUGUUUGUCUAGACGUGUUGUUGCAGCAGCGUGUUGUUUGCAGCAGGACUCUUGUGUUCGCAGCAGGCGGUUUGUUGCAUCAGGCUGUUGUUUGCAGCAGGCGUUGGUCCGCAGCAGACGUGUUGUUACAGACGUGUUGUGCAGACGUGUUGUUGCAGCAGGCGUGUUGUGUGGCGCAGAUGUGUUGUUGCAGCAGACUGUUGCGGCAGCAGGCGUUUUGUUGCUGCAAGCGCGUGUUGCAGCAGCCCGUUGUUCAGCAGGCGUGUUUGUUCGCGCAGCAGACACGGGUUGUGCUGCAGACGUGUUGUUUUCAGCAGGCGUGUGUUGGAGAGAAGGGGGCCGUGUUGCUCAGCAGGCGUUUGUCGCAGCAAGACGUGUAUGUCGCGCAGGACUGUGUUGUCGCAGCAGACGUUUGGUGUUGCUGGCAGGCGUGCUGUUGCAGCAGGCGUGUUGUGUACUGCAGGAACGUGGCAGACGUGUUGUUGCACGCGGACCUUAGGUCGCAGCAGACUGUUGUCGCAGAAGUCGUGUUGUUUGCAGCGGACGUGUUGUUGCAGCGACGGUUGUCGCAGCUGAUGUGUUUCGCAAGCAGACGUGUUGUCGCAGCAGACGUGUUGUUGCUGCAGAAGUGUUGUCGCAGCCAGACGUGUUGUCGCAGCAGACGUGUUUGUCGCAGUAGAAAAGACGGUUGUUGCUGCAGGCGUGCUGUUGGCAAACGCCGCGUGUUGUUACUGCAGACGGGUUGUUGUCAGCUAGAACGUGUCUGCAGCAGACGAUGA